AUGAAUCCCAGGUUUAGCCUUGCUGCGUCGUCGGACACGACCUACCACAGCUUCCACGACAUCGAGCUGCAAGAGCCGCCGUCUCCUCCCCGCUCAAGAGGCGCCAUCGACUCGGGCCGGGCGGCGGACGGCGUGAACCAGCCCAUCCAGCCCGCACCGCCUCCCACGGCCGUCAAGAUGCAGCGGCAGGACUCGGGGUACGAGUCACACCAGUCUGGUUCGGCCCGAAACUCCCUCUCCCACCCGCGGCCGGUCCCUCCGUCGCGGCGCACCUCCACCGUGUCUUCCACCGCCGGCGCCGUCACCACAGCCCGGGCUCGCGCGCGGCCGUCCACGCGCAGAUCGGCCAAGUCGUAUCCCCAGUCCGGCGUGCCGUCUCCGGGCUACUUCCAGUUCCCUGCCCCGGACCUAGUCGAGCUCACCGAGACCGCAUCCCGAGUCGAGCCGCCGCCGCCGAACCUGCCGCCGCCCACGACACACUACUGGACGAGCGACAGCACCCGCCGCCUCGAGUACGCCGCCAUCGACGCCGCCAGCCGCGGUGUCAAGGGCUGGAUCAGGAGGCACCUCGUCCCGGACUGCUUCACGCCCAGACACGUAGCCUUUGACGACGACUCGGGCAGCGUGCGCCGCUACAGGCUGGAGCUCGAGGAGGAGCAGGACGAGAAGGCGUGCCCCCAGGUCAGAGAACGCCGCAAGGGGUGGAACUUUUUUUCUCUGCGGAAAAGCAGCACCAUCUGA